GUGCCUCCUCCUCAGCAUGUCUGUGUUGUGGCUUCCUACUUACUGACGCUUUCUGCAGCAGGUUGACAGAGAGAGAGAGAGAGAGAGACAGCUUCACGGGGCUGACAGUGUCUGUGAGGCGGGAGGUCGGGAUGAAAGCAGCGGAGCGCAACAGCUGACACCAAACCAGAGAUUAUUAGUAGAGUUUAUUAUUGCAGCGCUGUACUUAGUCCUUGUUGAUAUGAAGCGCGUUUGAAUGCUUUUUUAAAAAAUAUAUCUCUUGUUUUAUUUUUCGCUUUGAGUGAUUUUUUUUCUCUUUUACUUUGAGAGGCUGAACUCGCUCGAUUAAAAACAAAAACAUGAAGUUUAACGGAUAUCUGAAACUGCGGAUCGGUGAGGCUGUGGACCUGAAACCCACCACCUUCUCCCUCCGCCACUCCGUCAUCUUCAACAAAGCCCCCCUGGCUCUGGACCCUUACAUCGUGGUGAAGGUGGACGACUACAAAAUUGGGCAAACUCACACCAAACAGAAAACCAACACGCCGACGUACAACGAGGAGUUCUGCCUCAACGUGAGCGACGGGAAACAGAUCGAGAUGGCAGUUUUCCACGAUACUCCAAUCGGAUAUGAUGACUUUGUGGCCAACUGCAUCGUGCAGUUUGAGGACCUCAUCAAAACCUCCAACACAGGAGAGACUUUCGAGGGCUGGAUGGACUUGGAGCCAGAAGGCAAGGUUUUUGUCCAUAUUUCACUCACUGGAUCCUUCACAGACGAUGACGCCAUACUGAAAGAGAAGACCUACAAGCAGUUUACGAGGAAGCGGCAGGGGGCUGUGAGACGGAGGAUCCACCAGGUCAACGGGCACAAAUUCAUGUCUACUUUCCUCCGUCAACCCACCUUCUGUUUUCACUGCAAAGAGUUCAUCUGGGGUGUCUUUGGAAAGCAGGGCUACCAGUGUCAAGUGUGUACCUGUGUGGUUCAUAAGCGAUGCCACCAGCAGGUUGUCACUGUGUGUCCACGCAUGAAGAAGCCAACAAAAGAACAGCCCAUAAACCAAGGCUUCAGCAUCAACGUCCCUCACAAGUUCAACAUCCACAACUACAAGUCGCCGACCUUCUGUGACCACUGUGGCUCUCUGCUGUGGGGAAUAGUAAGACAGGGGCUGCACUGUAAAAUCUGUAAAAUGAACGUUCACAUCCGCUGCAGAGGCAAUGUCGCUCCCAACUGUGGGGUCAACAGUGUGGAACUGGCCAAUAAGCUCGCAGAGAUGGGUCUGCAGGCUGGAGGAAUCGCUAAACGCAACUCAGUGGCCAAAAGUGUAGGUCAGAUAAGGGCGCCCUCUGAAAGGAGGGAAAGUACGGAAAGUCAGCAGCAGACCCCACGGCUGGGCAUCUCGGACUUCACGUUCCUUCAAGUCCUUGGCAAGGGAAGCUUUGGCAAGGUGAUGCUAGCGAAACUAAACAGCAAAGAUCGGGUUUUUGCGGUCAAGGUGUUGAAGAAGGACAUCAUUUUGCAGGAUGAUGAUGUGGAGUGCACCAUGACGGAAAAGAGGGUGCUGUCACUGGCCCGCUGUCACCCCUACCUCACACAGUUGUACUGCUGCUUCCAGACACCGGACCGUCUCUUCUUCGUGAUGGAGUUUGUGAAUGGUGGCGAUCUUAUGUUCCACAUCCAGAAGUCCAGGAAGUUUGAAGAGCCAAGAGCACGUUUCUACACAGCAGAGAUAACCUCCGCUCUUAUGUUCCUGCACAGCAAAGGCAUCCUCUACAGGGAUUUAAAAUUGGACAAUGUGCUUCUUGACAAAGACGGUCACUGUAAGCUGGCAGACUUCGGCAUGUGCAAAGAGGGGAUAUUUGAAGGUGCAGCCACAGGAACUUUUUGUGGCACCCCAGAUUACAUUGCUCCCGAGAUCCUGCAGGAGAUGCUGUAUGGGCCCUCUGUUGAUUGGUGGGCUCUCGGGGUGCUGCUGUAUGAGAUGCUGUCAGGCCAUGCCCCCUUUGAGGCCGAAAAUGAAGAUGACCUCUUUGAGUCCAUCCUCAAUGAAGAGAUUGUUUAUGCGUCUUGGCUCAGCACAGAGGCAGUGAAUAUACUCAAAGCUUUCUUGACCAAAAACCCGGCCCGACGUCUGGGCUGUGUGGCUGAAGAGGGAGGAGAGAGUGCCGUGACCAGCCAUGCUUUCUUCGCUGGCAUCGAUUGGGAGAAGUUAAAUCGUAGAGAAAUGGAGCCACCCUUCAAGCCCAGGAUCAAAACACCAGAGGACGUCAACAACUUCGACCCAGAUUUUACUCAGGAAGAGCCCACACUCACGCCCAUCGAUGACCCAAUGAUCCCCUCGAUCAACCAGGAGGAGUUUCGUAACUUCUCCUUCACUUCGCCUGAACUGCUUGAGAGCUAAAAGCUUUCUCAUUGAUCCACUAGUCAUCCUGCACUUGUCUUCUCAGUGUCAAUGGUUUUGUCUAAGACAGUUCCCAGUGGUACGUACAGUGUGAGGCUGUCACAUUCCCCAGAGACAUGAGGGUGCAAAGUGCCAUGGAGUCAGGCAAACACAUGCUCGACAAGAACCGAGGCUGCACCUGAUGAACUCUUAAGCACUCUUGUGAUUCCCGAAAAAGUGGCGUAUGAUCAGCUUUUGAAAUUACAUUUAGUUACGACUGUGUUAUGGCUUGAUUGGGACGCAUUCAUCCAAGUGUAGAAAUUAUGUGUUUGACAUGUUGAUGUGUUGCACACUUGUUUGACAAAAGUGUACAAUGUCAAAAUUUUAUUGUAAAUUUGCUCUCCCAUAGGUGGAUGAAUUUUGCUUCCAGUUACUUCAAAUGAAAAAACACUUUUUGGAGCAUAA